AUGGAAGAGGCUGAAGGUAAUCCGGAGGAAACCAAGGAGACUAAGAAAAAAAGAACCCUGAUCAGGAUAAGACUUGAGAGGACCUGUAAGAAGGACUUUCGUGACAGCCAGAAGCUUCGGAAAGGAUACUUGCCAUCCGAGUCUGUGCAGAUCCUCGGUGACUGGUUCUACAAGCACACUAAUGCCUUCCCUACUGAAGCAGACAAACGAAUGCUGUCCAAGAAGACCAAAUUAUCUUACCUGCAGAUAUCCAACUGGUUUACAAAUGCCCGAAGAUUCCCUCUCCCGAAAAUUCUUCAAAAUCGAGACAACCUUAGCCACACAGACCAGGCUGACAAUGCAGCCCAGAAGCAGCACUCCAAUCCAUCCAAUGAGGUCAAGGUACAGCUUAACCCAAAAGGGAAAAUGCAGGAUCUGCCUCUGCCAGUUUGCCAGGGAUCUCAAGAGAAACUGCCAUAUCUGGAGUCUUCUCCAAGCCAGAAGAUUAUCUCAGAAGCAAAAACAGAGAAAGAAGACAGAAUUUUAAUCAGUGAACCUUUGUCUUCUGAACUUGCACGGCCAGAGGAAAAGCCUGAUUUUAGAAGCUUCUACAUGUUGGUUGAUGCUGCUGUACAGAAGGCAGCAGAAAUGGAAGAGAAGAAUAAGCAAAAUCCUAACCCAUAA